AUGGCCACCACUCUCCCCAAGGAUAUCUCGAAGCUCGGCAGUGAGGUUAAGCUUUUCGGAAAGUGGGACACCCAGGAUGUUGAAGUGAAGGACAUUUCCCUCACCGAUUACAUCCAGGUCCGCCAUGCCGUCUACCUCCCCCAUACCGCUGGCCGCUACGCCAAGAAACAGUUCAAGAAGGCCCAGAUGCCCAUUGUUGAGCGUCUCGUCGACAGCUUGAUGAUGAAGGGUCGCAACAACGGCAAGAAGCUCCUUGCUGUCCGCAUUGUUGCCCACGCCUUCGAGAUCAUCCACCUCCUCACCGACCAGAACCCCAUUCAAGUUCUCGUCGAUGCCAUUGUUAACACCGGCCCCCGUGAAGACUCUACCCGUAUCGGCUCCCAGGGUACCGUCCGUCGCCAGGCUGUUGAUGUCUCCCCUCUGCGCCGCGUCAACCAAUCUAUCUCUCUCCUCACCACUGGUACCCGUGAAUCUGCUUUCCGCAACGUGAAGUCGAUUGCUGAGUGCCUUGCUGAUGAGCUCAUCAACGCCGCUAAGGGAUCAUCAAACUCCUACGCCAUCAAGAAAAAGGACGAGCUCGAGCGUGUCGCCAAGUCCAAUCGUUGA